CCCUGUCCCUCAGCCCAGGAGGAAAUCACUUUGCAGCAUUUUAGAUUCUGAAAUGCCGCAGCUACAAGUAGUGUCCAGCAAUGAGGGAGGCAACUCCAAAUUCAGUUCUCCUGUAUCCGAGGAAAUUGAGCCCCAACCGAACACCGAUGAAUCCAACAAACCCGAACAGAAAACCAAUGUUCCCAAAACUCAUCAGAACCCUAGCACAGAUUAUUCUACAGAAUCUCAGGUCAAACCCAGUGCUGAUCUGUUCAGUGGUUCUGAUCAUAAACCCAGUGCUGAUCUAUCCAGUGGUUCUGAUCACAAACCCGGUGCUGAUCUGUCCAGUGGUUCUGAUCACAAACCCAGUACAGAUCUGUCCAGUGGUUCUGAUCACAAACCCGGUGCUGAUCUGUCUAGUGGUUCUGAUCAGAAACCCAGCAUUAUUCUGUCCAAUGCUUCUGAUCACAAAUCAAGCGCUGAUCUGUCAACUGAAGCUGAUGUCAAUGAAUGUGAUCACAAAACAAGCAAUGAGCUUUCUACAGACUGUCGAGUGAAACCCAGCGCUGAUCUUUCUAAUGCUUCUGACAAACCCAGCGCUGAUCUUUCUAAUGCUUCUGACAAACCCAGUAGUGAUCUUGCUGAUGAUUCUAAUGUCAGACCCAUUCGGGAUCUUGACACUGAAUCUGAUGACAAAUGCAGCUCCAAUUAACUCCAGAAUCUCCAGUGAAACCCAACGUUGAUCCUUCUCAUGGUUAUGUCAAACUUAGCGUUUCUCUUCCCAAUGAUUCUGAUGACAAACCCAGCUCUGGUGUUCACGACUCUAAACGCAACCCAACUGUAGAUCCUUCUACAGAAUCUCAGCCCAAAACCAGCAGUUAUUCUUCUCGUGAAUCAGAAACUCCCAGCGCUGACUUUGAAGCAUCUGAACAACAACCCAGCUCUGACUGUGAUGAAUCGCAACCCAGUCCCAGUGCUGAUCUUUCUAAUGCUUCUGAUCACAAACCCACUCCGGAUCUUUCUACAGAAUCUCCUCACAAACCCAGCUCGGAUUUGUCCCUGGAUAGUCAAAACAAAAUGAGUUGUGAUGGAAUCGCUAAGACUCAUGAAAACCCUUUGAUUUCUGAAACUGAUCUUCAAAGCAAUCACCGGGGGGACUGGCGGGGUGUGACAGAGGAGUCUGGAGAAGGUGGUGUGAGCUCCAUGUGUUCUGCUUCCCAGGAGGGGACAACAGAGUCGGGACAGCCCAAGACCCAAGACUCGCAACCCAGGUCAUACCCACAACACACCCCCAGCAUGCGCGUGAGACGUCGGAAGCACCGCUUUGCUGACUGCCAGGUGACUGUCGUCUACCAACCCAGGGAGCAGAAGCCACGAGGAGGCAGCGUGGUCUGUAGGUCUGGCUGGCUGGAGGUGUGGCAGGCAAGAAGGCACAAGAUGAUGUGGGUCGAGUUCAAUGGAAAGACGCUGUCCCUGUUCAAGAAACGCACUGACAAGUUUACAGAGACAGUCUUUCCUGUGUCCUGCAUUACUAAUGUCUGGGCAGGAGAGGGCGGCAAGUUCUUUGUGUCCACACUCAAGAAGCAUUAUGAGUUUUUGGCACCCAGAGGUCGUGACGGGUGGGUGAGUUCUCUGGGAACCCCUCAGAAGAAGGCGACCCCAGAGCAGAUAGAGCAGCAGGGCCCCCUGGGUCUGAGAGAGCUCAGAACCAAGGUGUACGCAGCGCUGAGGGGGCACAGGCUGUGGGUCUACCACAACAAGGAGGAUUUCAGAGAAGGCGUGGCAAUGACUGCUAUCAACAUGAACGUGGCCCAGGCGAAGCAGACAGGCAGACACAGCUUCGACCUCACCACCCCCUACAAGAUAUUCAGUUUCACAGCAGAUUCUUCUCGGGAGCUGGUUGCCUGGCUGGGCUCGCUGUCCCGGGCUGUCAAGAGCGCCCUGUCCUGCAGUGAGGUGGCGGAGCGUGUUUGGGGGAGCACGUGGAAUCGAAACUGCGCCGACUGUUGGAGUCCUGACCCAGAGUGGGCAUCUGUGAACUUGCUCGUCGUCAUCUGUGACAACUGUGCAGGUCAGCACCGUGCCAUGGGGACCGCUGUCUCCAAGGUACGCAGUCUGAAGAUGGACAAGAGCGUGUGGACAGAGCCACUCAUACAGCUGUUCAUUCUGUACGGAAACAAGUCAGCCAAUGAGCUUUGGGCGGAUCAGGUGCCGCCCGCUGAACAGAUCUGCCCAGAAUCCUCUGCGGAGCAGCGGCGGGCGUUCAUCUGGGCCAAAUACAAGCAGGGCCGCUACCGCCACCUGCACCCACUGUACAGGAGCCAGGAGCAGAUGCACCAGCGUCUGUGUGAGGUGGGGAUGACUGCCGAUGUGUCGGAGACACUGGCCCUGCUGUGUUCCGGGGCACGGGUGAGCAUUCACCAGGGGGAGCCCUACCAGCCGUCCCCCAUCUCCCUGGCAGAGCAGGCAGGGCAGGCCAUGCAGGCCGAGCUGCUGCGCCAGAACCAGUUCGCAGAGGCCCCUUUCCAAGACAUUGGGGUUGAACCUUCCCCAGCAGAGACCCAUUCUUUACAAGACACUGAGGAGUUCCAUUGCAAACUGGACAAAGACAAGCUUGUGUUCUCGGAGGAGGUCGACUCUGCCCCCUGCGAGGUUCUCAAUCUGAAGGACGUCACCUCGCUCUUUGACUGCUCCACAGGGCAAAGCCAUGAGUUUGAGAUGCAGAUUCUGAAAGAGAGGCUGCAGUGCACAGCAGACAACCAGGAGACCCUGAGAACUCACCUGCAGCACAUCGCCAAGGUGUUGCUGCCAUGGCCAGUGCCGGACUCGGAGCUGGCGGGGGUGCGCUGUCUCUCCCGGGUGACCGCGAGGGAGGGGAAGUGGCCGGAGCACAGAGACGCCUGGGUGGCACUGAGCGGGACUCAGCUGCUGCUUUACCUCACAGGAGGGUGCCAGAGAGACAGGCUGAGGCUGACUCUCUCACAGAACUACACCUUUAUAGCGACGGAGAAGAUGUUUGAAAUCAUCUCACCAGAGAGGACACUGUCACUGCAGUUUGAGCACAGCCAGCCCUGUGAGAAGUGGGGUGUCCUGCUGAAGGAUGCGCUUCAACCUCCCCAGUCCAGCUCCUCCCUUGGGGGGGGCUCCCUGUACCCCAGCCUGUGCCGCGGCUCCACAAGAGUGCCAGACCCCAUCGAGAGGUGCAUCAGCUACAUCACGCAGCACGGUCUAACAGUGGAGGGUAUUUACCGGCGCUGCGGUCAAGUGGGGAAGAUCUCUCGGCUGGUGGAGGGGCUCUGCAGCACCCCCUGCAGGGCGCAGUUUGAGAAGGGGGAGCUGGGGGUAGUGGAUGUGUCAGGAGCCCUGAAACAGUGUCUCAAGCUACACACUGCACUCUUUCCAGAGCCACACCUCAGCCACUGGCUCCAGUCUGCAGGUAUCCCUGGGCAGGCAGAGAGGCUGCUCGGGUAUCGUGAGGUACUGGAGCAGCUGUCUGACGAGCAGAGAGGCAUUCUGAGCAGGCUGUUUGGACACCUCUACCAGGUGCAGGCGUACAGCCAGGUGAACCGCAUGACCCCUGAGAACCUGGCCCUAGUGUUCGUGCCCACGCUGUUCCCAGACCAUGCUCUGAGUACCGACGCUGUGAAGCUGACCAGAGAGCUCAUCACACACUACACAGCGCUCUUCCACGGAGGUGAGGAGGAGGGUUCUGCGGAGGACUUGUUCACGAUUCUCUGAUGAAGGAUCUCCGCUCACUUUCGGGGUCUUCUCAUUCCGACCAGCAAUGUCUGUGACUCUGACUGCCUUUCGGAAUUCUGUUCAAAGUUCAAGUGUGCACUCUCAUACAGGGGCUUGGGGGCAGUGUGCGGUGGCUUCAGUUGCUAUAUAUUCUGCAGAAGAUCUGAAUAUUAAUCAUAAAUAAGGCGUGUGUUUAUACAUUGUUUGUGUUGUUUUGAAUGCAUUAUCACCUUGGUGUAAACAGUUGCGUUGUUUGCAUGUAUUUGGUGAACCGCUUAUCCUAUUGCCAAGAAACUCUGUGUUAACUGCAUUUAGCAGAUGUUAUCGAGUGUCAGAGUCUCUGUCUGCCCGUUUAUCAUUUGCAUUUAUCAUGACAAUCAUUUCGGAAAAUUGUGAUUAAACAUUCCGUUACUGAUUCUCAUUCUAUAUUGUUGUGAAAAAGUUUGCCCGAGCUAAGCCGUCGUACUGAAACGCUCUGAAAAACUACCUUGGGAGUUGGAAAAGUCGGUGAAUUUUAAAUGCGAUGUGGCAGUGUUCGGGAAAGUUUACAAACGCACCAUCAAUAAUGCAGUGUGCCGUGUCGAUCUCUCCAGCAGCAGUGCGUGGAUUCGGCCUGACUAAAGCAAGCUAGUUAUAAACAUUUGUCGGAAAAAAGUAGUCAAACUACUACAUAGGACAUGAGUAGGGUAAGAAGCGUCCAUUUAUUGCCCUUAGAAGCACAUAGAUACAAUAUAAAAACAUAAACACCCACACCCUCAAUUCCUGUGAACAAACGCGUCCCAAUAAAUGACAAAUAAUGCAUUAAUUCGAUAGAACACGUGAGUUAACCCCAUGUACGUCAAGACGUGAAUUCCGGUGCUAGUGUGCAAACACAUUCAGGUGGAACGAGGUUCCCAGUGUUGCUUUAGUACCACACCUGAGCCGAUAGCUGUUGUAAAAGGAAAUGUAGCAACUUGCUAUUCAUUUUCUAGAAUUGACUGCUACAUAGUAACGUUUAAACUCCUUCACUAGUGAUGGCAGUGAGAUUGCAUAGCAGUUUCACCCAUUCCAGGUUUUAUUACGAGCUUGAUUAACCACAGUGUACAGGUAAACUCAGGUGUCUCUUAUUAAUCUCUGUAAAACCAGGAGUGCAUCAAACUGCUACUCAAUGGGAUUUCCAUGGCUGUUCACACACACGCUUUUUGUACAGCUAUUUAUAAAAAGCCAUACUAGUUUCUGAUUCCCUGUUAAGUAUCAUUGAUUUCAAGAUUUUACUGCUAAUUUUCAAAACUUGUCCCGAGUGCUUCAAUGACCUGCUCACAUUGUAUGCAUCCCUAUCAAUCAAUCAAUCAAUCUGUAUUUUACAUAGCGCAUUUCAGUGGACCACCAUCACAAAGUGCUUUACAAGAUGCAGUAACAACAAGAAAAUCCAUAAUACUUUAAUUACAGAGAAACGCACAACACAUGAUAUACAGAAGAAGACGAAAAACGUACCU